CAUCCGCCGUCCCUGGAGAUGAAGAGCAUCGCCGCAUUGGUCCUGUGUGCCGCUUGCUGCUACGGUUACGUUGCCGUGGCUCCUGCGACAAUGGAUGGAGACGACUGCCUGUAUGAGCAGCUGAAGAUUAAGAACAACGAGACAUUCCACAGCGAGAAUCCGUGCGAGUCCUUCCACUGCGAUGCCCGUCACAAGGUGGUCUACGUCGAAGGGUGCAUCGCUGUUGGUUUGCCACAUGCCGGCUGUCACGUGACGCACGGAGCUGGUGCAUUUCCCGCCUGCUGCAGUAAGAUCGUCUGCCACCCUGAUCAGCAGUCGGCGCAAGAUUCUGCACAAGCGAAUAGUGCUGCUAAGCACACUUGAAGUAUUCGCAUGCCAGUACUUGUCCAUCCCUUUUUCUCUACGUGCGAGUGGCACUUACAUCCCAGUAUGACUCAGUAAAAUGUACUCAU